AUGGCGGCCGCGGGCUCGGUGGGCUCCGCCGCCGCCUCAGCGUCCGCCUCCGCCUCCUCAGCCGUGGCUCCGGCCGAGGGUGCGGGUCCCGGGGUUCCCGGGGUUUCCCCGUGCGGGCCGUCCGGGGUCCCGGGGGUCCCGGGGUCGGUCCCGGGGUCAGCGGCGGGGUCGGCGCCGGGCAGCUGGAGCCGGUCGUUGGAGCGGGCCCUGGAGGAGGCGGCGGGCACGGGCGCGCUGAGCCUCAGCGGGCGGAAGCUCAGGGACUUUCCCCGCGGAGCCGCCAACCACGACCUCACCGACACCACACGGGCCGAUUUGUCACGGAACCGUCUCUCAGAAAUUCCCGCAGAGGCAUGUCACUUCGUUUCCCUCGAGAGCCUGAACUUGUACCAAAACUGCAUUCGUUAUAUCCCAGAGGCAAUUCUGAACCUUCAAGCUUUAAGUUUCCUCAAUAUCAGUCGAAACCAGCUUUCAACGCUGCCAGUGCACAUGUGCAGUUUGCCACUGAAAGUCUUAAUUGCCAGUAAUAAUAAACUGGUCUCACUUCCUGAAGAAAUUGGGCAACUCAGGCAUUUGACAGAGCUUGAUGUGAGUUGUAAUGAAAUUCAGACAGUACCUCCCCAAGUCGGCAAUCUGGAAUGUCUGCGGGAUCUCAACAUCCGAAGAAAUCAUUUAGUGCGUUUACCUGAAGAGCUUGCAGAAUUGCCUUUAAUACGGUUGGACGUCUCCUGCAAUAAAAUUACAACGAUCCCUGUUUGUUAUCGCAACCUCAGGCACCUACAGAUGAUCACCCUCGAUAACAACCCCCUACAGUCUCCGCCAGCACAGAUAUGCAUAAAAGGUAAAAUACACAUAUUUAAAUACCUAAACAUAGAAGCGUGCAAGAGCGUGCCAGAUCUGCCUGAUUAUGACAGAAGACCCAUGGGAUUUAGCUCUUGCCAUGAAGAACUCUACUCAGGACGCCCAUACGGAGCCCUCGAUUCAGGUUUCAACAGUGUGGACAGUGGUGAUAAAAGAUGGUCAGGGAAUGAGCCAACAGAUGAGUUUUCAGACCUACCUCUGCGUGUAGCAGAAAUCACUAAAGAGCAGAGACUGAGAAGAGAGAGCCAGUAUCAAGAGAAUCGAGGCAGCGUGGUCGUAACAAAUGGUGGAGUGGAACAUGAUCUGGAUCAGAUUGACUAUAUAGAUAGCUGUGCCACAGAAGAAGAGGAGGAAGAGGUGAGGCAACCCAAGUGUGUGGAUUCAGACAGCCUCAGCUCACAGUUCAUGGCGUAUAUUGAACAACGGAGCAUCUCUCGUGAGGGUUCGCCACUGAAGCCGAUGCCCAUUAGGGAAUGUCAGAGAACAGAGGAUAUAAGAAGAUCUUCACAUCAAAACAGAGAUACCGAUGAAUUAAGGAGACCCGAAACACUAAGCUUGAUUCAAGAAAGAGAGAGGCAUCAAGCAGUAAGAAAUCAUACCGACAGAACAGAAAGGGUGUCUCUCUUGUCCAGGGUUCCUGUUGAGGCAUCUUACCUUCUGUCACUAUCACAGAAUCAUAAUCAGCUCUCCCACACAGAUCCAGAACUGACCCGAGGAAGGGAGCAGUUAGUGGAGCGCACUCGGAGGGAGGCACAACUUGCAGCCCUUCAGUACGAGGAGGAGAAAAUGAGGACUAAGCAAAUUCAGAGGGAAGCCGUUCUGGGCUUCGUCAAGCAAAAGGCAAUGCAGAGUCCACAAAAACGAAGUCCCUUGGAUAGUGAGUGUCCUUUUCCAUCCAGAAGGUCUCAGCAUACUGAUGAUAGUGCCUUGUUAGUGUCGCUGUCAGGGUUGAAUCAAGAGGGCUGUGCUACUACCCUGCUUCACACCUCUGCCUUCAGACCCGUCAAGAGUGAUGACAGACCUAGCAUCUCACCAAGUUCACCCAUAGCCCAAACAGGUUCGGUCCACCUUCCCUCCCCGUAUUCUGGUCCUGCUGCUUCGAACUGUAGAAACCCAUCCCAGCGGCCUGAGAGUUUCCUUUUUCGAGCAGCCAUCAGGGAUGAAGCACAUAAAGGUUGUACUUCACCUCUUCUUUCUUCCCCCGGUCUUCCUACUGAUUCCAUGGACCCCCAAGCAAGACAUGUUCCCAGUCAACAAGAAGAAGACCUGGAAUCGAUAAAUCAGCUCCGGAAGAACAUAGAAUUUCGGUUGAAAGUAUCUCUGCCUAGUGACCUCGGAGCAGCUCUCACUGACGGUGUUGUUCUUUGCCACUUAGCCAAUCAUGUACGGCCUCGGUCUGUUUCCAGCAUUCACGUCCCCUCUCCUGCUGUACCUAAAUUAACAAUGGCUAAAUGCAGGCGAAACGUGGAGAAUUUUUUGGACGCUUGUAGAAAAAUUGGUGUACCUCAGGAGCAAUUAUGUUUGCCUCUGCAUAUUUUAGAAGAGAAAGGCUUGGGCCAGGUAGCGGUGACGGUCCAGGCCCUCCUCGAGCUGGCACCGCCCAAGCAGCAGCCGCAGCACCAUUCGUCUGCUGUGUAAAGACUCCCGGGACUCCCGGACGGGAUGACCCGACUGCCGCUGCCGCCGCCCGGCCGGCCUUAAAAAACAGCUCGCACGUUUCUUGGGAAGAAGGGACCGUUCCGCAAUUCCUGAUGGGAAUAUUUUGCUUCAUUUCUCCAUUUUGGGGGAGAGGGUUUCAGUGGCCAUUUUAGUUUUUCAGGGGGGCCUCGGCCCUUCCUGAAGCGGGGCUCGGUCUAGAGGGGAGGGCCGGGAUCCGGCGACUCGCAGCGCCAGUCAGACGAAGCACGCUCGGCCCCGUGGGGUCUUGGUGAUGGAAGGGUUUUGUUUUCUGAAACGUGCCGCACCGUUUGGCAUUAAUGGGAUGUUGUGGUGAGAGUCCUAACAGAAUUCCUUUCCCAAAGGAGAUUUUGGUCCCCUGGGAACACAGUAGUGGUGAUUUUGUGUGCUAUCAUCAUCAUCAGUCGCAUUUAUUGAGCACUUACUGUGUGCAGAGCACUGGACUAAGCGCUUGGG